AUGUCGAACAGUGGCACGAUAGCGGUGCCGGCCAAGACUGGCACCUCCACAUCAUCCAAAACAAUCUUCCAUUUCUCCGCCGGCCUCUGCUCUGGCCUGACAUCCUCCAUCCUCCUUCAACCCGCCGAUCUCCUCAAGACCCGCGUCCAACAAUCCCAACAAUCUCUCCUCCCAACCCUCAAAGCCAUUCUCGCCUCCCCGCAUCCAAUCCGCGGACUAUGGCGCGGUACUCUCCCCUCUGCGUUGCGCACCGGCUUUGGGUCAGCUCUCUACUUCACCAGUCUCAAUGCCUUCCGCCAGACACUCGCCCAAGCUAAUGCCCCCAUCAUCCUCGCCGGAUCACCAGCACUUAAAUCUUCAUCCGCCCUCCCUAAACUCUCCAACUCAGCCAACCUAGCCACAGGAGCCGUCGCCCGCGUCGCCGCCGGCUUCGUAAUGAUGCCCGUCACGGUAAUCAAAGUGCGCUACGAAUCCGACUUCUACGCCUACCGCAGCCUCCUCGGCGCAGGUCGUGACAUUGUCCGCACUGAAGGCAUGCGCGGCCUCUUCGCAGGCUUCGGCGCCACCGCCGCCCGUGAUGCUCCUUACGCCGGCCUCUACGUCCUCUUCUACGAACAGCUGAAACGCCGAUUAGCUAUCAUGAGCAGCAACGGUACUGGCAGUGACGGGAUACCUCUAGCCGCUGUCUCAUCUUCGACCAUCAACUUCGGCUCGGGUGCCUUGGCAGCUGGCCUAGCGACGGCCAUCACCAACCCAUUUGAUGCGGUGAAGACCCGUCUGCAGCUCAUGCCAGCCAAGUACGGAAAUAUGAUCCGAGCUACGCGCUUGAUGAUCCACGAGGACGGCAUGCGCAGUCUCUUUGGCGGCCUCGGUCUACGUAUCGCUCGCAAAGCACUCAGCUCAGCGCUGGCAUGGACAGUCUAUGAAGAAUUGAUUUUGCAGGCGGAGAAGCGAUGGGCGGCGAAGACCGAGAUAGGCCUAUAG